AUGCCGUCACUGUACAUACAGAAGAAGAAAGAAUCUUCUAAAUCCAGUGUCAAGAAAAAAGUGACCAAAGUCGCAGAAGCGAAAAAAGUAAUGAAGAGAAAUUUUAAAGUGAAUAAGAAAAUAACGUUUACUGAUGAAGGGGAGUUGGUUCAGCAGUGGCCACAAGUGCAGAAGUCUGUCUCGAAGGAUACUGAGGAAGAGGACGACACUGGUGGUAUCAAUUUGGAUAAAGCAAAGGAAAGGCUUCAAGAAGAGGACAAAUUUGACAAAGAAGAAUAUAGAAAGAAAAUUAAGGCAAAGCAUCGGGAGAAAAGAUUGAAAGAAAGGGAAGCCAGAAGAGAGGCCAAUAAGAGGCAAGCAAAGGCCAAAGAUGAAGAAGAAGCCUUUCUGGAUUGGAGUGAUGAUGACGAUGAUGGAUUUGAUCCAAGCACACUUCCAGAUCCAGAUAAGUACAGAAGCUCUGAAGAAUCAGAUAGUGAAGAAAUGGAAAAUAAUAUUAGGGAUUAA